GUUAACCGAGGGGGCAUUACAAUUCAGCAGAAAUACCCCGUGUGACCGUCAGGGAGGAAAUGUUGGUGUAACUCAGCGAGUUCGCGUUGUCCGUGGAUGUUGGUGAUGAUGGUGGUGAUGACGGUGAUGAUGAAGAGGGCUGCUUUUUUCCUCUCUCGGUCUUGAAGCGAGCUCGAGCUUCUGGGGGAAUCGGGGGAAAACCAGCCAGUCAGCCAGCCAGGCAGCCAGGCUGGACGUCUUGUGCUUACACGGCCGGGGUGCUUUCACGGAUUUCAUCAUGAUGGCUUGGAGAGGGGGGAGAACAUGGUCGUGUUAUCGACCUUUUUGUUAUUUAAACUAAGACUGGCAUCGUGUCUGACCCAAGGAUUCAGAGGAAAAGGAAAAGCCAACUCCACGCCUCAUCAAAAUGAAUUUGGAGAAGGUUUAAAGAUACAGUCUUCUGGCAAGCAUGAAUAUGCCCCAGGGAGAGAGUAGAUGAGGUGAUGACCCAGAUGGUGCCAUGUGAAUGACUGACAACCAUGAAGCCCACACACAAGCUGCUGUUCGUCCUGUGCCCCAUGCUGGUCCUGGGCUUUAUCUACUACUCCUCCGGGAAGCUACACCUGCAUGUGUGGGGCCAGAAGCCACAGUCGGAAACAGACAUUGCUCUCACCGUGGGACGAAUAGUAGGCUCAGUGUAUGAUAAGCAGGGCUUUCUGCUGAAGUUGGACACAAAAUUGCCACCGGAGUUGGCAUACAAGUAUGGGAACCUCAGCGAAGGAGCUUGCAAGCCAGGCUACGCAGCAGCCAAGAUGACCACCAUCUAUCCCAAGUUUAUGAAACCAGCCCCCAUGUUUCUUGAUCGGAACUUCAAACGUCUAGCAAAAGUCAGCAAUUACUUACCUCCCUUUGGCUUCAAAACACAAGAGAGAAUCAUAGAUAUUAUUUUAACUGCCACCAAAAACUAUGGACUUGGGGAUGACCUAGACAGUUUGAGCUGUAAAAGAUGCAUCAUUGUGGGCAACGGAGGUAUCCUGGCCAACAAGUCUCUGGGUUCCCGCAUAGAUGACUAUGAUGUUGUGGUGAGGUUGAACGAGGCUCCUGUAAGUGGUUAUGGCAAGGAUGUAGGGACCAAAACCACCAUGAGAAUUACCUAUCCAGAGGGAGCUAUCCAGAAACCAGAACGCUACGAGAAAGACUCGCUCUUUGUCUUUUCCGCUUUCAAACCACUGGAUUUCAAAUGGCUCCGACAGAUGGUGUUCAAGGAGAAACUGCGGGGUACAGAGGGUUUCUGGAAGUCAGUGGCCCACUACGUGCCUAGGGAACCGACUGAGAUGAGAAUCCUCAAUCCCUACUUCAUCCAAGAGGCUGCCUUCCAGUUCAUAGGCCUGCCCCUCAACAACGGCCUCAUGGGCAAAGGGAACAUUCCAACGCUGGGGACGGUUGCUAUAACGAUGGCGCUGCAUAACUGUGAUGAGGUUGCUGUGGCUGGCUUCGGCUACGACAUGAACACGCCUCACGCACCCCUGCACUACUACGAGACUGUCAAGAUGUCCGCAAUCAAAGAGUCAUGGACACACAACAUAUCCAAGGAGAAGGAGUUCCUCCGCAAGCUGGUGAAGGCAAAUGUCAUCACAGACCUGACCAAUGGCAUCUGAGUUUACACCCACCCAGAGCUUCCCUCUACCAUUCCCAAAGAACCACAAAACAAGAUACUGGGAAAUGGAUCGGAAUGGGGAGAAAGGACCCCUUGAAUCUGGGUGGUCUGCACACUGCCGAAGUUUUUAUAUCAAAGGAGAUUAUAAAAACAAAAUAGUGGAGGGUUUCUGUUGAGAGAUGCACACAUGUGCCUUUUGAACCAAAGGCUCCUGCUGAUUCAAGCGGGAGGGACAUGGGGAGGAGUGGAUCUGCCUGAUUACUGUCUUAUCGACAGUCACAGGGAAGGCCGCCUCCAGCCACACCCCGACGUUUACCACUUCAGACCCCUGAGCAUCACAUGAAUGAGUGACAAGGACAAAAGAUGGAACGGGGCCGUACAUAAGGCAGGAUUUUCCUGAAAGACUGACUUACUGGAUAGCUGCUUGAUGGGACAGACGUGAAAGGAGGAAAAUAACGAAGAAGUUGCGGACUGCAUGGGUUGAAUAUUAGCAGUGCCAAACGUACCUCGUAUAAGGGAGAGGUCAUCCCCCUCUCCUUUUGCUGCCUGAAUGUAUUUACUUUCCACAGUGUAAAUAUCAAAGAUUUUUACUGUGCUUUUUAACAAGUUGCAGCAGCCACCCCCCAACUUGCCAUGGGUUCAUUCAUAAUUUUAUUUUUUAUCUGUCUGUCCAGUGUCCGGAAUUAGUGCCCGCUAAGCCAAAUACCAGUAGAAUUUGUCUUUGGUGGGCAUAUCAGUGUGGGUCACCUGCUACACUGACUGACAGUUUCUUGAGACAGUAUUUGAAUGUCUCAGUUACACUCAGUUUUUGGUCUUUGUGUUCCUGCUGGUGGCCUACCCUACAAAUCAAAGUGAAAUAAUUGCUUUGUACUAAACCCCUGGAUGCUUCCUAUUUGGUUAGCAUUAGAUAGGGAGUUUUAUGCUGUUUCAGUGUGGUUGGACACAUAGGAAACAUUGUUUUUAAAGCACCUUGUUUUGCACAUGGAGGCAUGCAGUGGAUCUUUAGAUGGAGCAGGACGUCCCACAGCAGCUUGCUGCAUCAGCCAAGAAAUGACACUAUCCAGUCACAAUGUUACUGCUGCAGCAGGGCCUAAUCAGGGCUUAGUGUGAUGGUCUUUUGAUGAUCAGUUUAGAGCUGCAACUAAUGAUUAUUUUCAUUAUCAAUUCAUCUGUCAAUUAUUUUCUCAAUGAAUCAGUCACUUCUUCGGGUGAUAAAAUGUGAGAAAAUUGUGGAAAAUGUCAGUUUCCCACAGCCCAAGGUGACGUCCUCAGAUGCUUUGUCCACACCAGCAGUCCACAACACAAACGUACUUAGUUUACUGUCAUAGUGGACGAAAGAAACCACGAAAUAUUCACGUUUGAGAAGCUAGAACCAGAAGAAAUUUUCUUCUUAAAAUGACUCAAAACGAUGAAUCAAUUCCCAAAAUAGUUGGCGAUUCUUUUAAUAGUUGGCAACUAACUGAUUUUUUAACUGUAAUUGUUGCAGCUCUACAGUUUUUUACUAUUGCAUAUCAUGCACAUUUUUUCCAUAGCCAGCAACUACACCAAACUAACCAGCACAUUUUUAUCAUUUCUUUUAUUCUGUUUUACAUGAAGCAGUUUGAUCAUUCUAGCAGUUAGCUGGGUGUAAGGUUAACUGGCUAGCGUUACCAAGCAGGAUAUCAAGGAAGAAGGAAACUACCUUCCAAAUGAGACAGAGCCAACGAUUCUGCAUCAAACAGGCCUCUGAUUGGUUGCCUUAUGAGGCUUUGCUCAAGGUUCUGUUUAACUCCUCCUGGUUAACUAACAGUGCACGUAUAACACACUACUACAUAAUGUAUUUGUUUAGUGUAUCAGUGUUUGCCAGGUGAGCCAAAAAGUUAAUUUCGGACACUGUCUGUAUCUCUUACUCUCCCUCCAUCUCUCCCUGUCUCCUCUCUCUCUCUCUUCUGUUUGUUUUUUGUCUCCCCGUCUUUUUCCCCAUGUAAAACCUUCUUUUUGGCCCCUUCGUGUCAUGGUACUGUUUUCAUCACUUUAUUCCAUGUAACCCCCAGGCUGCAACAGAGAUACAGCACGUCCUGCCCUGGGCAAACCAGAGUGGGGCAGGAUACGAACAUAUAUAUCCAUAUAUAUUGACUCAACAAAUCUGAUCCCUUUUCCAGCCCCUCAUGGUAAAAUCUUGGACUGUAGAAUAUAUAUUUUUUGUUUUAGUUUUAUUUUAAUUAUUUAUUUUGUUACAAGUUUUAAGGUCCCAAUGUUUUUGGUCACAGGCAGGCCUGCUUUUUGUUACUUUGUUUAGAUAAACCACAAAAAUGUGUGCAUUUCUUACAAAUUUGCCACCAUGUGCUUCCUCAAAGACUGCACCAUCUGUUAAGCUGUUGCAGAAACAGUGUUGUCAAUGAAACCACAGAGGCAUAUUUUUAAUCGCUAUAGUAUUAUUUAAGUGUUACUACAUAAAGUCAGCAACCCUCUAUUUUUGUGAUUUAUAUACUAAAGCUAAUGUUGGUUCAACACUAAAGCUUGUUUACCACAUUGGAUACAGAAAAGUAAUUUCCUGAUAUAGUUUAACAACAUUUUCACCAAAAGCAAAAUGGAAGUUGCUGGUAAUCAGAAAAUCUGAUAAUUACUUGUCUCAGUUUCACGGUAAAGUAGAAUGAUCAUUACUAGCUCUGUAAAAUAAAGGGUUGCUCAGUUUUCCAUGUGGAAGUAAACCCUUUAGCUAUUUAUUUGAAUGAAACCACCAAAUAUUUCAGUAUUUCAACAUUGCAUCAACACAACUGUUCAGUAUUACGCAAUCAAACCUUAUGCUUCUGUCUACCAACAAACAAGAAUUUUAGAGUGUCACAUCUGUUAGCUCAUCAGUUUAUCAUCCGAAUGCGAUAAUCAGCUUUAUGUGGUGAUGGUGCAUUUUAAAUUCUGUUUUUACCAAAGCAGGGUUCUCGUGUUUUACUUUUUUUUUCUUUUAAACUUUUUGCCUAUUUGAAUGAUGUUUCUACUGCUUCCUUGGAAGUACAUACUUACUGUACACACACACACACACACACACACACACACACACACACACACACAGGUUCACUUCCAUUUCUGUAAACCCAUAAGCUACAAAGAUGCAGUCAUUUCUCUGUCUCGCUCUUACAGGGUUGUCUGUCCAUCACAUGCUUGUUUUCUGGCUCAGUUUUGAAAACACACUGACAAAAUCUUGCGUAGCUGCGUGUCCCACCCGGUCGCCUCGGACUGGUCGGAACACAACCCGCCGGGUUUCACGCAAAGGAUCACUUUUUGGAAAUUAGUCACUGCUCGGGGCUUUGGCGGCUAAGGUACAGGGAACAGUUAACCAUUGCACUAUCGGUGAGGUGCUGUCUGUGCCUCACACCUCACCCUCAUACUGUAGAGAAGGGUUUGACCCCCAGGAGGCAGGAACAACUACGAGCAACCCAGUCUGUAUGUUCACUUCCAAGUUUGCACGGGUCAGUGUUCAUUUCAAAGGUUUGGGUCCAGUCUUUCAAAUCCAAGAUAUAGAAGUAGGACCUUAUAAUUCCAGUGGAUAAUUUAUGUGUAUAUAUAGAGAGAGACUAAAAUGUUGAGACUAAGCAGAUCCUUAGUUGAGGUAAUCCCUACUUUUUUUUCUAGUUUUCUAGGAAUUUUUAUGAAUGCUGGAGGAGUUGAAAUGUAUUGGGCCCAAAUCCUCUUUUCUCACAACUCUUGUCACCAUGAAGCAGAAUGUAUCAGCGCUGAUCAUUGUUUAUUUCAAACAGUUCACCUCACUGCAUAAUCCAUUAUGGGAUUGAUCAAUCAGAUAUCAUCAAUCACCCUCUGACCUCUUGGGCCAUCAUCGCUGGGAGGUUAUGACAAGUAAUCAAAAUUUAGUGUUAUUUCUUUUUUUAUAUAUAGUUAUAAAUUGCUUUCUGCAACUUAAUAAAUAAGUUUGUAAUGGA